CAGCGUAACAACCCGCUAGCUUCGCCUGAGCUUGUGGCACUGCAGCCGUCGUAGCAAUAAUUAAGUUAGCUUAUCAUCUUUAUUAGAUCUGAGACCAAUUUGUGAUUUUUGUCAAUUCGCCGGAAGCGCUUAAAAAUGAUUUCACUCACGGAUUCACAAAAAAUUGGGAUGGGGCUGACAGGAUUUGGUGUGUUUUUCCUCUUCUUUGGGAUGAUGCUGUUCUUUGAUAAAGCUCUACUGGCCAUAGGAAACAUUCUCUUCGUGUCAGGCCUCUCUUUUGUCAUCGGCCUGGAGCGCACCUUCAGGUUCUUCUUCCAGAGACAUAAAGUGAAAGCCACAAGCUUCUUCUUGGGAGGGAUUUUGGUGGUUCUGACUGGCUGGCCGAUCAUUGGAGUCGUUCUGGAAAUCUAUGGUUUCUUUCUCUUAUUUAGGGGAUUCUUCCCGGUGGCGGUCGGAUUUAUGAGGCGAGUGCCCGUUCUUGGAUCUUUUCUCAGUUUACCGGGAAUUAGGACAUUGGUGGACAAAGUUGGUGAGAGCAACAAUAUGGUAUAACACGACGCUGCUAGCACAAAGGAGGGCUAUCCUUGUGUUUAUCAUGGAUUCUCAUCGUGAUUGUAUGUUUCAGUCCUUGCCAUUCCAGAAACGUUCAUGUAUGCAUUUUCCUGCUGAAAACAAACACGUUUGUCUGUAAAUGUUCCUCCGACUGCAUCCAUUCCCCCCUGGUUUAUUCAUAAGGAGCAUCUGAUUGAGACUGGACUACGAUACAGAUGUGUUUCUGUUGUUUUUACCUCUUUCUACCAUUACCUUGCAAUAUUUAUGGACUAAAUAUUUGGCAACACUGGACGAUCUCAGAGGAAAGUCAGUGCCUGGGAGCAAUCCUGUUUGACAUGUAACUGAAAUAUUAAUAUGGAGUUUUGAAUCAAAAAAAGGUUGUUUUAAUCUUUACAGAAAUGUGAAGUGCUGUAAGAAAACAGUUUGAAAUGUUUGUACUGUAAUUUUUACAGUGAUUUUUUUUCUAAGUAAAUACUUGU